AUGGCUAUCCUUCUCCGUUCGACCUUCCAAGUUCUCCUUCUGGCUCUGGCGGGCGGAGCCCAGGCUUCAAGAACGGAAGCACGGUUCUUGGCUCCCGCUCCAGCGCCCAUCAACCCCGCCGAGCACUGCAACUCCAGGACGAUACCAUCGCAUCAAGUCCUAACUUCGGCGCCGCCUAUACAUCGCCGCCUCGACCUGGUCCGGGGCCUCCUGCUCGACAACUGGAGGCAGAAGCGCGCCGUCGCCACGACUGGGUUGAUACACCUCUUCCUCUCGAGCUCCAAGAGGAUCGACGUACCCGGUGAGGUCGAAGUCGACGGGGAGGCCGCCUCUGGUCUCAGACCUCGCAAUUCCAAGGUGCAUGUUGGGGCUGCUGCUGUUGCGCUCCUCAGCCUGGCCACCGUGAUGUGCAUGCUCUGA